AUGUUUCGAUCCAGCCUCAGGCGCUGUGCCACUCAGGCCAGGACCGCCACUACGGCUGCCCUGCUCAGCCAGACCCGAGCUGCUUUGCCUGUCGCCCGCUCUCAGGCUGUGACAAGCCGCUUGCCCAUUGCCUCUAUUACCAAGAUCGCCUCUUUCCGAGCCUACAGCACUGAGGCAGCUGCUGAGCAAACACAAGAGCCUGCUUCAGCAAACCCCGAGCCUGAGGUUCGCUUCGCCGAUGUUGAGGGCGUCGACCCAGUCUUGGUUAGCACUAUCACCAGAAACAUGAACUACGAUACCAUGACCCCCGUCCAGGCCAAGACCAUCCAGCCUGCACUCAAGGGAACAGAUAUCGUUGCUCAGGCUAAGACCGGUACCGGAAAGACCAUUGCUUUCCUCCUACCUCUUCUGCAAAGAAUGAUCAACGAGGACCCUUCCCUGGCCGGCCGAAACGCUCGACGACAAGCCCGAGCCGACGAUAUCCGUGGAAUUGUUCUAUCACCCACUCGAGAGCUCGCUGAGCAGAUCGCCCAAGAGGCUCGCAAGUUGUGCCAGAACACUGGACUCGUUGUCCAGUGCGCCGUUGGAGGUACCGAUAAGCGCAGCAUGCUUAACCAGACUCGCCGACAGGGUUGCCAUCUUCUUGUUGCCACUCCCGGUCGCCUGAACGAUUUGCUCUCAGACCCUGGCAGUGGUGUCGAUGCCCCCAACCUGGCUGCUCUUGUUCUUGACGAGGCCGACCGAAUGCUCGAUACUGGUUUUGAGCGAGAACUCAACGAAAUUAUUAGCCAACUUCCCCGUCCCGAGGAGAAGAUCCGCCAAACCAUGCUUGUCUCCGCCACUAUUCCCGACAGUGUCAUCCGCCUGGCUCGUUCUAUGGUUCGAGCUGACGACUUUGAGUUCGUUCAGACUAUUCCCGAGAACGAGUCUCUCACACACGACAAGGUUCCUCAGCACAUUGUUCCUGUCUCCAGCUGGACUCAAGUUUUCCCCACACUCUUUGAGCUUAUCGACCGUGAGCACCAGAAGUCUCUCGAGGACCCCACUGAGCGCCCUUUCAAGGCCAUUGUUUACCUGAACACCACAGCUCUUGUCGAGCUUGGUGGUGAGCUUGCUUACCAAAAGCGAGAGAACGCCCGUAACGACCGCAAGCCUUUCCUCGCAUCCUACGUCCUCCAGUCCAAGCUUGGCCAACAUCAGCGCCAGCGAGCUGCUGAUAGAUUCCGUGAGGCCAAGUCUGGUGUCCUCUUCUCUUCAGAUGUCUCUGCUCGUGGAAUGGAUUUCCCCGAUGUUACACACGUUAUCCAAGUUGAUACCCCUAGAGACCGUGAGUCUUACAUUCACCGUCUCGGACGAACCGGUCGACAGAACAAGGAGGGUCAGGGUUGGUUGAUCCUCCCUCACUCUUCUGUCCGUGCUGCUCGCAAGAUGCUUCAGGGUCUGCCCAUCGCACAGAACAGCACCCUCGAGACCGCCGAGGCCGAUAUUGCCGGUGGCGAGACCAACGAGUACAUUGAGGCUACCAAGCAACUAUUUUCAGUCGUGCCUCGAGACCUCCUCGCUCAAACAUACACCUCCAUGUUCGGUCUUGCUACUGACAAGGUUGAAAUCGCUGAGGAUGUCAACGCCUGGACCAAGCAUGGAUGGGGCUGGCAGGAGCCUCCCUUCGUUAGCUCUAUGUGGGUGAACAAGAUGGGUCUUGCCCGUGCUCAAGGCAUGAACAUUAGAGAGGGAGGCGGCGACCGACGUGGUGGAGAUUUUGGUGGAGACCGUGGUCGUGGUGGUGACCGACGAGGUGGCGACCGUGGUGGACGACCUCAACGAAGCAGCGACCCUUUCGAUAACAUGGCUGCCAACGUUCGCCGUGACGACUUUGGCCGUGGCAGCCGAUCGGGCGGCUUUGGCGGCCGUGGUGGUGGCGGCUACGGCGGCAGCCGCAAUGGUGGAAGCCGCAGCGGCGGAGGCUUUGGCGGCCGUGGUAGCAGCCGCUCUUCCUCUUUCUAA